UGUUGUUGGCAGGGUUGCUGGGCAAGAUCUAGAAAUCGCGGGCAUUCGAUUGAAGAAAGGGGAUAAAGUUCAGGUAGAUUCCUAUUCGAUUCAACGAGACAAAGAGAUCUGGGGCGCUGAUGCAGAAGAAUUCAAACCGGAUAGGUGGCUCGAUCUAACGCCUAAUCAAAAGAUGCCUAUCUUGCUUUCGGCGCCGGCCCACGACAAUGUGUUGGCA